UUCCCAAAACUCAACAAUCUGUGCUUUCCGGGCAAGAAAACAUUCAAUAAUCUUGAUUCACAUUUUCUCGAGAAAAGGACCAAAGCGUUGAAUAUCUAUAUGAUGGUUAUGAGUGCAGUAUUCGAACCAAUAAAAAGCAGUGUGCGAGCAUUUGGAAACGCAGUAACAGCAGUGCCGGAUACUGUUUACGAUGGAGUGACUCGUGGUGCGAGUGAGAUGCAGCGAGGAGAGGAUGAUUCGAGUCGUGUAGCGGCUAUUUAUAGUGACCAGUGGAUGGAAAGCAUUCCACUUCGUGUUCUUGUUCUUUUGAUUGGGGAAGUUUUUGGAGUGCGAGCCCGAAAUGCAUGGUUCCGUCGCCGAUUAGUGGCGCUUUUACAUCAGUUUGUUCAUGCGACUAUGGGUACCUCGUUGAAUCGCAAAAUUAUCGAUAUAGUGCAGUGGCUGACAUCAAAGCAGCAAGUGGCUCAGUACCUUAUUGCAUUCAGAAAUGCGCUUUGGCCAGACGGUCAACUGGCGGAGAACAGCGAGUGUCGUUCAGAGAGCGAGCAAAUGAGAACGCGAGUUUUGGCCAGAGCUUUGAUGUUGAGCGCGCUGCCUGACGAGCUACGGCUAUUUAUAGGCACCGAAACGACGAAUGUUGGAAUCGGAAAUAUAUCGGAGGCAUUUCAAAACACCUUGAACACCGUUUUUUGUCUUAUUGAUCUCAUUGUUAUGGGUAUGUAA